AUGGAAGAGCUGCUGCAAGAAUCAUAUGUUGAUAUGAAGGCUCGAACAAGUGACAUUGUAUCUAAACUGGCUUUUCUAAAAACGAUGGAACGAGCAUCACCUGAUGGAAGUCAUACUCCUGCAUUGGUGAGUGUCACCUCCUCUGAGAAAGCUGGAAUUGUGGAUGAUGACAAGACAGCUCAAUCGAGUCCAAGCAGCUCGGAGUAUGCUCUAUGUGCUUCAGAACUGAAUGACACAACUCAUGGACACCAACAGAAAGCAGGUGUGUACAAGGAUGUGUUGACUUCAGGUGAAGAUAAUCAGGAACACGAUCACGUGGAUAUACAAACAGUCGAGCCCAACAGAAAUGAUGAGAACGGCCAGUUUGAUGACACUGAAAACACAUACAUGCAUAUGAAACUGUUCGUAUCCAAUAACAAACAAAACGAGACAGGCAAGAAAUACAAAGUCGAUGACUCUGAAAACGAGUCUCAAGGUGGAAAGAAUCUGUCCACACUAGUGUGAUGAUGACAACAUGGAACAUUGGGAACAGGUUGGUAGAUUAGAGUAGAGAAGUCAUAGACAUCAGUAGUUACUAAUCUCUAUUCAUAUGCUCGCCCUAUGUAAGCCAUCCCCAUAGAUUUAUAGAACUGCAUGCUAAAAAGGUAAAAUGCUAAAUAGUAACAGCCAUUUACAUAAUUACAUGUCAACUGAAAACAAUGCACAUCAAGAAAGACUAGUGAGUGAAUAAUGUGAAUGUAAAACAGGUAACGUUUGAUUCCUCUUAACAAAACAACUCUGCCUACAAGUGCAGACAAACACAGUCGUUUAUGUGGGCAGACGUGCUCCACCAAACUGCUACUAAAGACAUCUUCAGACUGAGAUCUGUAACCGCUGUUACACAUUGCCUCGAUCAUUGCUGCCUGGCUUGCUUUGUUAGCAAAUUCAUUUGUCCACAUAUUCAGUGCUGCUACAGCUUGCAUAAAACAAUCAUCUCUGUUUUCUUUUUCUAUCACUUUUGUCUUGCUCAUGAAAAAUGUAGGUGACAAAUUUAGAACAAGGGUUUUCCAGCAACCAGAAAUUCAGUUAGCUACAUUCACAAUAUCAUCUUCUGUACAUUUUCUCUCUGCUUUAAAUGUCAGCGACUGUUGUGGUCUUGCUACAUCAUCUUUAUGGUCAUAAAGCCAACAGUCUAAUGCAGCUUUCUCAUCGACAGUCAGUUGUACGUUACGUCUGUUUCUUCUCAAUGGUUUGUGUUCAUACUCGUCUAUACAUACCAACUUGCUGACAUCCACAGGAAUGGCUGGACCGGGAUGUUGAAUAUUUAAUGAAAACUGAAACUGAGGCAACCCUGGGGUCUUCACUUCAUGAAGCUUCUUAGUGAUGAACAGACGGAUGUCUAUACACAGAGAUGCAACUUCCUGUGGUGGCCGUUGUGUGUCAAUAGUGACAAUAAUAUAUUUCUUUGCAUGAUACAUUAGCUCCAAAUCAACACCUUCAGUGUGUCAACAUUGGUUCAUCUAAAUAUCUCUCAAUGCAACACGUCAUCAGCCUGAAAUGCAAUUGCUCAGGAAUAAACUCGAUAUCACGAGACAAAACAAUGAGUGACAUUGGAUUAGAAGCAUCCGAAUUAGCAGCUGCAAAUGAACCUUCUGACUCGACUUCUAGCAAACAUGGAACAAAAUAUUCCAUUUGAUAGGGAACUGAUGACUGAGAUGAACAAAG